CGAUAACCCCUCAGCAACUGAGGCGUCAAACUUGACCCAAAAAUCGACCAAGUUCAUGAGCAAGCAACAACAGCAGCGGACGGACUCCGGAGCACUGCUUAUCGCCCACUUAGACGCUCAGUCUACUUUUCAACGCCAAGAUGAAAGCUACCAGAAGUGCUCUGUGGAAUUUGCUACUCCUGCUGCUGCUCCUCAUCCACGUAGAUGCUGUGCAGCGGCACAAUGGCAUGAACCGCAUGCCACAGCAGCAGCAGCAGCAGUCGCCCAUGUACGGUGGAUUCCAGCAGCAACAGCAGCACCAGCAGCACCAGCAGAUUCCUCCCCAUCCGGAUAGUCGCGAGGAGUUCAAGGUGCGCCAACUGAUGAGCCUGGAGAUGUACAAGUACAUGAACUUCACUGCCGAUCCGUGUGUGGAUUUCUUUGAGUUUGCCUGCGGCCACUGGGGCGGUUACCACAAGCGCCAGCAGCGUCAAGGCGCUGCCGGCGGAGCGCCCCUCUCCACUGCCCAGCAGCUGGUGGAGGGUAAGAUUGUGGAUCAGCUGCAGCAGCUGCUGACGGCCCCGCUGCCGCCGCAGCACCAUCCUGCCAACCAGUAUAGUGGCGCCACAGCGGCCAAUGUGCGGAAGGUGCGCUCCUUCUACGAUUCGUGUGUGGCCGUCGAGGCGAAUGCGGGCGAGCGACGCCGCUUCCUCAUGAAGAUCCUCAAGGACAACGGGGGACUGCGCAAUGUGCCCAACUCCAACUGGCAGCACAAUCGCCACUGGCUGCAGACGCUGGCCGAGCUGCGGCGCAACUACGGACUGGACAUACUGUUGGGCCUGGAGAUCGAUCUCAAUCUGCAGCAGCUGGGCGGCAACAGCAUCUACCUGGGCGAGCCACGGAUGACCAUCAUACCGGAGGAGCACUGCAAUGCCGUCGCCACCAAGGGCGCCCAUGUGCGGGAUCAGAUCUACGAACAGAUACAACAGCAGGUGGCCGACAAUCUGAGGGAUUGGCUGGGCAUGGAGACGGGCGAAUCGGCGCGCAUUGCCGGCGACAUUAUCCGCUUUGAGUUCGAGCUGUGCAAGCACAUGCGCGAGCAGCAGCAGCUGCAGGAGGAGCCCUCCGGCCCUGGCCCUGGCUUGGUGGCGGCCAACGGCAACGCCUUUGGGGCACGUUCGCGCAUCGGACAGGAUCGCUUGCACCGCCAGAAGGCCAGCGGCAUCACGCUCACGGAUCUCACCACCGAAAUGGGCGGCUUCUUCGACUUUAAGCUGUACGUGGAGGUGAUUCUCGAGAGCCUCUACACGAGCGCCGUCUAUCUGCGGUCGCCGGACUACGUCAAGCAUCUGGUGCGCACGGCCAGGGCCAACAAUCGCUACACGAUUGCCGGCUACAUCAUGUACGUGGCACUGAAUGAGCUAAACCAGCCGCCCGAGGAGCAUCCGUCGCGUCGCGCCCGCCAGUGUGUGCAGGUGAUGCAGCGCCUGUUCCCGCAGGUCCUCGGCGAGAUGUAUCAGCGGCAGGUGCAGCGUGACGAUGCCAAGGACGAUCUGCAGCAGGUGUUCAGUGACCUGGUGAAGGCCUUCGAGCAGCAGCUGCGUGUCGAGUGGCUGGACGAGAACGAUCGGCGUGCGGCCAGGGCCAGAUUGGCCCAAUAUCACACGCUGCUGCCGGACUACCAGAAUCUGGAUCUCUCGGAGCUGCAGUUCCAGAAGUCCGACGACUAUUGGCACAAGCUGGAGGUGGCGCUGCGCUUCCGGGCCCGCCAGCAGCUGAAUAGCCUGCGCGGCAAUGACUUUGGCCAGGAUGCGGACAGCCUGGUCGAUGGUUUCGAGGUGCGUGCCGCUCUGGUGGCCCGCCAACAGGCGGUGCUCGUGGGCUGGGGUCUGCUGCAGUCGCCAUACUACAACUACCAUUAUCCCCGUGCGCUCAAGUAUGCGCUGCUGGGCCAGCGGCUGGCCACGGCCCUCGUGGAGGCCUUCGAUGACGAGGGCUGGAACCGAAAUCCGCAGGCCACGUCCCCCUGGAACGAGCUGACAAUGUCCGGCUAUCGGAACGUCACGGAGUGCCAGCGGGCCCAGUACAGCAACUAUCUGUACGAUCAGCCCGCGGAGUUCCGCAAUGCCACACGGCUCAGGGAGAUUAUGGCCGAGAGCAGCGGCCUGAAUGUCGCCUUCAAUGCGUAUCUCGCCUGGCUGGAGCAGCAGGACAACAAGCCACGGCCCGUGCUCUACAAGGAGACCCUGCCGGAGCUCAACUUUACCAAUACGCAGCUGUUUUUCCUGUACUUUGCCCAGACCCGCUGCUGGGCGAGAGCCAACCAGGAGGCCGUGCCCUUCGUCGAUUCCAUGCCCCUCAUGCAGCACACGGCCGAGCGCUGGGAUGUCAAUGGGCCGCUAAGCAAUUCCGUGGAAUUUGGACGCGAAUUCGGCUGUGCUCUGGGCACACAAAUGAACAGCGGGGACAAGUGUUUGGUGUACUGAGACGUAGCGUAAAAUAUAGUUAAAUAUUAAAUUGAAAAGUAA